GCCUCUAUAAAGCUCUCCCCUGCCUCCUUGCUCCUCCAAGAAGAAAGGAGAGCAGCAGAGCAACAGGAAGGACUCUGUCAGAUCGAGCCUUGUUCUCCCUCUCAUCCAAGAACAGCAUCAAACAAGAAACCAGAGAGGUAGAACAGAGCAAGAUGGCCUGAGCCAGGCUAAGCCAAACGCACGCACGCUCCUCCUAGACGCACGCACGCACGUAGAGGACGGACGCGCAGGAAGGACUUGCACUCCGGCGCAUGGGUCUCCUGGACCAGCUGUGGGACGACACGGUGGCCGGGCCGCGCCCGGACUCCGGCCUCGGCAAGCUCCGCAAGUACGCCUCCUUCUCGCCCUCCUCCUCCUCGGUGUCCGCGGCCGCGGCCGCGUCGCCGCCCGCGGAGGGGGCGGCCGGCGCCGUGCCGCCACCCGUGACGCGCAGCAUCAGCAUGCUCCGCCCCUCGGCGCUGUCCGUCGUCACGUCGCCGCGCAGCGAGUCCAGCUCUGGCGCCCCGGACUCGCCCUUCGGCGCAGCGACGACGCCCAAGGGAGAGGGCUGGAAGAAGCUGCGCCGGAAAGGCAGGAUGGCCGCCGACGGCGCCGACGCCCCCGGCACGCCGAGGAGCCCCACCGUCUACGACUGGGUGGUGAUCAGCUCGCUGGACCGGUGAACGACAGCCAACUGAAGGGCGGGUCGGAGCACAAGGGCCAUGUGCAUCCUCUCUCAGAGGUCCUGACGAUGGUGUUUCUGUGUUUUGUAUACGUUAAAAUUACCCCCACCUUCUUGUAAAUCCCCGUGUGAGAUGCUGCUGUUUCUGUAAGCUCUGCUAGUACGCUCCUCAUCAGGUCGUGCGUGUCACCGUGUACAAAGCUGCCCAAGCCUUGAACUUGAAGUGAAAACAGGCAACGCAAGCUCUGAUGACCUGACGGGCCCGCACGUCAGUGAUCCAACCGCGGGGCAGUACUGUGGAGGAGUCCUGUCCAUGUAGCACAGUCCUGGUACCUAUACUGUUGAAGAGAGCUGUAACGUUGUACGAGUAUGAGUGACCGCGCAGCGUCCUUCUGCUUUGUACUUCUGGACGGUGCUGCCUGUGUAAAAGACCUAUAAGAGUAUGUACUCGGUAAUAAUGCGUGUGGUUGGGUGAUAUGGAUAAAUGCAUAUCCGGUCGAACACUUUUUUUUAUUAUGAAACUCGGUCGAACACUUUCGCCAA